AUGUUGCUGAAACUGAUCCCAGCCCACUCCGAGCCCACAAUCCAUUUUUCUUUCUCCUUCGCAGACCUGCCCAGCAACCUGUCUGCACCAGCCUCAUGGACGGCUCAGCUUACCCAUCUUAUGCUGGAGGACCUCGAGGUGCCCACAACCAUGCAUUCCCUUGACAGGUCCGUGGGGAUAUCAUGUCUCCUAGAAGAGGUGGCAUUUGACAUCGAGAGCGGGCAAAUUCGCUGUCGAUUUGUUGAUGGUGCUGUCGAAGAAUGGGGUUUCUUGUCGUUUGGUGGUAAAGCAGGAGAGGUCGACGGUCUAGGAGAGAGGGAAGGCCGGAAGCUGUUUGCGGCGCUGGAUGGCAUUAUUCGCAAUGUCAAGGAGAGUACGCUGGAGGAUGAGCGGAUAAUUCGAGAGAGAGAGGAGAAGGAGAGGGAAAAGCAAAAGACGGUGGGCUUGGAGAGGUCGAGGUCGUUGACAAGCAAGACGAGCAGCAGCAAGGGGCCAAGACACAAGAAACAACGCUCGCUGUUCAUGCAGCUUGUUUCAUCCAUUGGAUCCAUGGUAAACUUAGCAUCUCCUUCGGCAUCGUCACAUCCAUCUCUUCCUACACACCGUUCCUCUCCGUUCAGUCCUUCCUACCCGGCUCAACCCUCGCCACCACCCCAUGUACCCGGCACCUCUCCUCGUGCUAGAGCCCUCCGACGAGCUGCACGUUCGGCUCUCGUUGACACCUAUCGACGCUUCGUGCUGUCAGAGCUGCUACGACGGGUACAAUACUUUAAAUACGACCAAACGACAGGCAAGGUCGGUGGUGACAGAGGUGGUGGUUUCUGUGUGUGGAUCCUGCACAGUAUGCGGAGACGUACUGGUGAACGGCUUGACCAGCUCCUGGACGAAGCGAGGGCGAUCGCUGACCAGAAGGAACGAGAGAUGGGCCCUUCACCCGCGUUGAACACGACCAGCGUCGCUUUUUGCAAUCCAACGGCGAUUGACGCUGCAGAGGCCGGCAUGAUCGCCAAGGAGGAGCCAGCAACGACAGCCGUUCCGUUGUCGUUCUCAGAUGACGAGGACGAGGUCGCAGAGACCGAGACCGACGGAAGUUCAGUCCACACUCCUUCAAGCUCGUCGCACUUCUCAGUCUCGCGACCACCUACAGCUCCAUCGACAUCAUCGCACUCUCGUUCAUCAACUUCUACUUCUGAGUCGUUGACAACGACACUAUGCGACGCUGGCUCGCAAAUGAAGGACCAUGAUCGGCUCAAUCCACCCAUGUGGACGACUCUCCUCUCGUCACACUUAACAGGGCCAAGCUUGCAUGAGUACAACCAACUCCUCGACCUCCAUGAGCGUCUCUGGCAGCUCACCGUGUUCGCCAUUAGCCAAGCUCGUGUCUCUUGCGAGGAAACCCGCAGCAGACUGGAGGUGCUCGCCGUGCGGAGCAAGCGACGGGCGUGGUCUGUGGGUGCCCUUAAGCACAAUUCUUCGAAAUCAUCAGCAGGCGCCUAUGGCCUGGCAAUGCCUUUCAGAAGCUCGCCCUUGGCUAGGUACUCCUGGACGGCGGACGACCUGGAGAAAGAGCGACAGAGGUCGAAGAGUGGGUUGUCUAGGACCUCCGCCAGGUCUGCUCUGAGUGCAUCAUCACCCUCGCCUUCGUCGGAGAUCUUCCCGGUGUAUCGUCCUGGUGUGCCACCUGUGCGUAUUGGCGGUGUGCCAUCGCCUUCAAGUGAUUCGCCUGCUGCGAAUGGUCAGGAAGAGGGCUCGAGUAGUGCUACGGGUGCCAGCACCAGCGAAGAGACAGACGACAAUGGCGCAGAGGAAGACGACGAUCCACGGCCCCUGAUUGAGCGUGAGUUCGAGCUGUACGAAGAAUUUCGUGGACCUUCACCCAUCGACACUCGUGGCGGUGCAAGAAGAAGACGGCGAAACCACCGGCGGCGUGGUGCAGAAGCGCCAGGAGACGGCCUAGACACAAACUCUGGCCUGCUAUUCCCUGUUAGCGAGGAGGCUGAGGCCGAGGGCGAAGGCUCAGAGGAUUCAAGCUCCUCGAGCAAUCGCUCUUCGACUCGAGGCAGGAAGACCCAACGGACGCAGCGGACGUUCAUGGGCUGCGAUGAGAUUCCUCUCGAGGGCGAGGGAGAUACGGACGAAGAUGACUCGGAGCAACGCACCCUCGUUGGUGACGACGAUGAUGGCCUUGAAGACCCUCGCGAGCUCGACCUCGAGCUUGGAUUCGGGUUUGACUUCCACGGCGGCAGCAAUUUCCACGACAUCGACGGUGACAUCGGUCUUUUUGAUGGCGAUGACGAUGAUGCCGCUGCUGGGUUUGAGUUUGAGAUGGAGGUUGAGAGACCCAAGUUACGGCCGAGAGUGCGGACGAGCAGUAUCUUCAUGAAGAAGCAGGCGAGGCGGAAAGGCUCCGGCUUUGGCUUGACAGAGGAGAGCAUUCUAUGCCAGCCAGUUUCAUUCGCCUCUGCGCCUCCUCGUACGCAGCCCAUUUCGAUUCUCAAGCCUCCAGCCGAGCUGUCGGCGUCGGCCCCUCACCCUCAUCCGCCAACAUCACGGCCUCUCGCCAUCUCGCGGGCGUCAACGCCCGCCAUCUACCAAGAACCUGAGCUCGGCCUGGACCUCGAGGUGGAUGUCAAGCUUUGUGUUGGCGUAAGCGACAGCAACUACGAGCUCUCUGGCUACACGAGUCACUUUGGUGUCAACGUCUCGAACCAGAAGCAGCCGGCGGUGUUGAGCACAAGCCCGCCGAAUGUGCACCUCCUGAAGAAGUCUCCUGGUCGGCCCUUACCUCUGCCCCUGCCGACGGAGGUUGGGCCGCAGGAUGCUGACCAGGAGGAGUUCACGCUUGCAAUGGACCUUCCUCGGUCUGUAGGCAAGAGGAAGUCUGGUCCGCUUGCGACGAGGCAGAAGUUGGGCGCCAUGUUUUCUGAGAUCCCUGCUCCUCUGGUUUGCUAA